GUGAUAUUUGGCAUCAUUUUCCCACCUUCGAUUCUCCUCAUGGAUUUUCGACUCGGGGAGGAAGUGACAUGUCAAGCCCCAGCGGAGAACGAAGAAGAAGCGAAGGACAAAGACGAUGACAAUAAAUCCAGCAAGGAAGUGAAUGCUGAUGGGGUGUCCAGAAAGGGGGAUGAAGAAGAAAGCACCGUAAAAAAGAGAAGAGUUCCAAUCGGAAAGAAGAUCUAUGAAUUCUACAACACUCCUUUCACCAAAUUCUGGUUCAACACAAUCUCCUACCUGGCCUACCUGUGUUUGUACAACUACAUCAUCCUGGUCAAGAUGGAACGCUGGCCGUCCCUGCAGGAGUGGAUCGUCAUCUCUUACAUCAUCACUCUGGGAAUGGAGAAAGUCAGACAGAUCCUGAUGUCAGAGCCGGGGAAGUUGAAGCAGAAGAUCAACGUUUGGGCCGAAGAGUACUGGAACAUCACAGACGCGGCGGCCAUCUUUACCUUCCUCCUGGGCCUGAUGCUGAGGCUGCAGAGCGAGCCCCUGUUGGGCAUCGGACGGGUCAUCUACUGCGUGGACAUCAUCUUCUGGUACAUCAGGGUGCUCGACAUCUUCGGGGUCAACAAGUACCUGGGACCCUACGUCAUGAUGAUCGGGAAAAUGAUGAUUGACAUGUUGUACUUCGUGGUGAUCAUGCUGGUGGUGUUGAUGAGUUUCGGCGUGGCUCGGCAGGCCAUCCUGCACCCUGAUGAGAUCCCAACAUGGCGUCUGGCCAGGAACAUCUUCUACAUGCCUUACUGGAUGAUCUAUGGGGAAGUGUUCGCUGACUCCAUAGACCCACCAUGUGGUGAUAACAGUAGUGAGGAUGGGAAGAAGCUUCCUCCUUAAAUCCCCGGAGCCUGGCUCACUGUAGCCAUCAUGGCCUGCUACCUGCUGGUGGCCAACAUCCUCCUGGUCAACUUACUCAUCGCUGUCUUCAACAACACCUUCUUAGAGGUCAAGUCCGUCUCCAACCAGAUCUGGAAGUUCCAGCGUUACCAGCUGAUCAUGAAGUUCCACGACCGGCCCCUCCUCCCUCCGCCCCUCAUCAUCUUCAGCCACAUCUACAUCGUUCUGAAAUACGUCUUUCGUCGCUGCAAGAGGAGAACAGAGGGAGAGCAGGACGACAGGGACAACAAAGGACUACAGCUGCUGCUGAACGCUGAGGAGCUGAAGGCUCUGUAUGACUUCGAGGAGCAGUGUGUGGAGGAGUAUUUCAGAGAGAAGGAGGACGAGGAGCAGUCGUCUAGCAACGAACGCAUCCGGGUCACAUCGGAGAGGGUAGAGAACAUGUCGAUGCGUCUGGAGGAGGUGAACGAGAGGGAGCACUCCAUGAAGGCUUCCCUGCAGACGGUGGACCUGCGACUGGGUCAGCUGGAGGAGUUCUCUGGACGUAUGAUGAACGCCCUGGAGAAGCUGGCCGGGUGGACCACAACGACCUG